AUGAUACACCAUAUCUGGUACACUGGAUCUCAAGUGCAGGGAAAUUUGGAGAUCGGUUUACAUGGUAAAUUGAUUGCAGCAAUAGAAUUCAAAGCUGGUAGAGAUGUGUUCUACAAUCUUCUCAAAAACAAUCCACAAGAUUUUUCCACAAUUAUCCCUGAAAAAGUACAAGGUUGUGAUCUUCAUGAGGGUGAAUUUGGUCGUGUUGGUUCCAUCAUUUGCUGGAGGUACACCCAUGAUGGGAAACAGAAGAAAGCGAAAGAAGUAAUUCAAUCCAUUGAUGAAGAGAAGAAGUUGAUUGAGCUUAAGAUAAUUGAAGGAGACAUGAUGGAGCUCUACAAAGCCUUCGUUGUAGCAGUCCACGUUGAGACAACGGGCGAUAUCGAUUUGCUGACGUGGACUUUAAAGUAUGAGAUGCUUAAUGAAGAUGUGGAGCAUCCCAUUUCAUUCCUCUCCUACGUCAUCGACAUCACCAAAGAAGUUGAGGCUCAUCACCUUGCCAAACCUUGAUGAAUCACUCUUCACCAUAAUAACUCUACAAGGAGCCUUGUGCCUUUGAUGAUGUUUGCCUCAUCAUGUGUUAUAAUAAGCCCUUGUAUGUGUGAGUGAGUGAGUGUGUGUGUGUGUGUGAGGGAGAGAGGGAGAGAGAGAGAGAGUUUUAGGGGUAAGUUAGGGGAAGGAAAGUGUGUGUAGUGUGUUUGUCUGAAACACUGUUUGGAACUUUGUUUUAUAUGUGUUCAGUGCAGAAAUAUUAUUAUCUAGUGAGAUGUUUUGUA